CACUGCACCUGAGGAAACCUUACACUGCGUGUUUCAAACGAUACGUCCGUGCUGAUGGAUGGAGAGAUAAGGCCUGGCAUUUCCUGCUUCGUUCUCUCUUUUUGUAGUAAAUACUCAUGCUGGCAAGUAAGACGAAUUAACCUUCAAGACAACAUGCUAGAAUCCUCGCGUCCACGGGUUGUGUUUCCCGGAACGUUUUAUAAUUCAGUUGUUUUUCCGCAGAAAAUGCUGCGAAUAGCGUAGCAGCCGUCGUAGCUCCGCCCUUAUAAGUACUGCAGUUCCCCCCUUGGAAAGCCACGGAGCUCCUUGCGUAGCGAUCGUAUUGCCAAUUUCCUAAUAACGAUUUCGCCAACACACCUCUAGAGUUUUUAUUUUGAAGCUCCAACGUCGUGGGUCGCUGCCAACAUGGAUUAAAAAGAUAUUUAGUCUCGCACUCGCUGCUUGCACACGACCUGCACCAUGAUUCGGAUGGCGCUGAGCGGUUUACUCCCCAGAGCCCGGUGCUGGGAUGCAGACAGUGAGUGUUCCUACCAGGACCUGUUUGAAAAACUUGAUGCGAAUAAAGACGGCAAGGUGGAUGUCGCCGAACUACGUGCGGGCCUGAAAGCAAUGGGUGUGUUCCGACAAGGUGCUGCUCAGAAAAUUGUGAUGAGCGGUGACCAGAAUAAGGACGGCAGUUUGGACUUUCAAGAGUUUACCAAAUAUUUAAAGGAGCACGAGAAAAAACUGCGGCUGACGUUCAAGAGUCUGGACAAAAACAACGACGGGCGCAUUGAUGCCACCGAGAUCCAGCAGUCCCUUGCAGAACUGGGCUUGGAUAUCAAGAAAGUGGAUGCUUUGAAAAUCCUGCAAAGCAUGGACAUCGAUGGCACAAUGAUGGUUGACUGGAACGAGUGGAGGGAACAUUUCCUGUUCCACCCCGCUCACAACCUGCAGGAGAUCAUACGCUACUGGAAACACUCUACGGUGCUGGAUAUAGGCGACAGCCUCGCCAUCCCAGACGAGUUUACGGAGGAAGAGAAAAGCUCGGGCGGUUGGUGGAAGCAACUCGUCGCAGGCGCCGUGGCGGGCUCCGUCUCUCGCACUGGUACGGCCCCGCUCGAUCGGCUGAAGGUUUUCAUGCAGGUUCACUCCAGUAAAACUAAUAAAAUAAGCCUAGCAAAAGGUUUCAAGCAGAUGAUUGUCGAGGGAGGCGCUAUUUCACUAUGGAGGGGCAACGGCAUCAACGUUUUAAAGAUCGCACCGGAGACGGCCAUCAAAUUCAUGGCGUAUGAGCAGUUCAAAAAGUUGCUAACAUCCGAAGGGGAAAAAAUCCAGACCCACAAAAGGUUCAUGUCCGGCUCGCUGGCCGGCGCUACUGCACAGACUGCCAUUUACCCCAUGGAGGUCUUAAAGACUAGACUGACUCUAAGGAAAACCGGCCAGUAUUCGGGAAUGUUUGAUUGCGCCAAGACAAUCCUGAAAAAUGAGGGUCUCAAGGCCUUCUACAAGGGCUACGUUCCAAACUUACUUGGCAUUAUUCCCUACGCGGGGAUAGACCUUGCUGUUUAUGAGACUCUAAAAAACGCGUGGCUCGCGUACCACACCAAAGAUUCGGCUAAUCCAGGUGUUCUUGUGUUGUUGGGUUGCGGGACCAUUUCCAGUACCUGCGGACAGCUGGCCAGCUAUCCGCUCGCACUCGUACGCACGCGUAUGCAAGCAAGAGCAUCCCUGAAUGCUUCAGACCAGCCCACCAUGAGUUCCCUACUAAAGAACAUUAUAAUUAAAGAUGGCUUUUUUGGACUAUACCGAGGUAUCCUGCCAAACUUUAUGAAGGUCAUCCCGGCUGUCAGCAUCAGCUACGUCGUUUACGAGUACAUGAAGAUUGGUUUGGGAAUCAGCAAAUGACACUGCAAGCAAACAAGUGUGGACGGAGCUCAAUGACCUGAAAUAGCCGUCCGGCAUGACUUACGCCAGUUUACACUGGAGGCCUCUGCUCAGAUGUACUGUAUUGCACUAAGGAUGAUCCGCUGUUAGCUAAAAUAUGAAUCGUUUCUAUUUUAAGCAUGCUUUUUUGUCUUCCUGCUGCUGAGAAAUGUACACACUUUGAAAACAAUACUUGACUCAAAAGACGGAACUGUAUGCAAAUGCAAACAUAAAACUGUGAAAAUACAAAAUCAAACAGGUUGUCUAAUUUGAAAUGUUAUCUCGACCAAAAAAUUGAAUUGAUGGUUAUGUUUAAUGAAAAAUAUUUACUGCUCAGCCAA